AGUACUUGGUGACUUUGCUUAAAUAGUAUUGUUCAAUUUAAUGAUAGAAUGACUAGAAUUUCGUAUAUUGUCGGUUUAAAUUAGAGAAUGGUUUUCCAUAAAGAUCCUUGUGGGGUAUUCUGUAUUUUGUUUACCUAUGCGUUGGUGGCAUAUGCGGACUAUGUUAUCAUUCAACAUGUAAUUCUUACUACAUUGACGGGAAGUAUUUGGGGAGCUGUUCAUUGCGUGUUGUUUAACACAAUUAUAUUCGGAGUGCUUUAUUCACAUGCAAGAACGGUCUUUUCGGAUCCAGGAAUAGUUCCGUUGCCCAUUAUGGGACUUGACUUCUCUGAUCUACAUGUACAAGGCAAAGGUCACAUGGACCAGAGCAAUGGAGAAGAUUGGACAGUUUGUCAACGAUGUGAAACCUACAGACCACCGAGAGCUCACCAUUGUAAAAUAUGCAGGCGUUGUGUGAGACGUAUGGAUCAUCAUUGUCCAUGGGUGAACAACUGUAUCGGUGAAAUGAAUCAAAAGUAUUUUAUCCAAUUCCUUUUUUAUACUGCAUUGCUGUGUAUUUAUGCAUUAAUACUCAAUAUAUCUGGUUGGAUGUGGAUGUUUGGAAAUGCUAGAAGUUCUAAUGCUGAUCUACUUUCAAGAAAAUCUACUGUAGCACAUGGAAUCGGCUUAUGUAUAGAAUCCAUUUUAUUUGGUUUGUUUGUGAUUGUUAUGUUGUUUGACCAGAUAUCUUCAAUAUUUGGGGACGAAACUGGAGUGGAAUAUACAAUACAUCGCAGUCGGAAAACUAGACCCCCUCGACCCAGAAAGCCAAGAAUGGCAUUAUUACGAGAAGUAUUUGGUUACGGACCAGUUUAUACCUGGCUGAUGCCAUGUUCUGCACCUGGUGGUACGGUGCGAUCUCUUGUCCCAGGAAGUUACGACGUUUGAUUUGGUUACUCACUAAUCUUCUUGUGCUAACUCAUUUAUCUAGCUUUUUGAAUAUGUUGUUAAUUAGAGUAUAUUUAUGUUUGUACAUUGGAUGAUUGUUGAUAUUUAUAUGUUGAUCGAAUUUUGAAUUCUUGUAAUAUUUAUAUGGUAAUACAAUGUUGAUAGUGAAGUUA